AUGGUUGAUCAAAGACCUAUUAUUCUUUGGGCCCAUGCGAGGUCUCUUUCUACAGUCUUUGAAAGACCGUUUCUUCAACGUCCUCAAGAGUUCCAUGUUAUUCAUGAACCAUUUGUUCCAAUCGGUCAUGCGUACAUGACCAAUAACCAAGAAUUUUUAAAUAAAAUUCCAAAACCAAAACCUACCGAUCCGAUUACUUUUGUGCACCACUUUUCACCUUUUCUUAAUGAAAUUCUUGCUCCUCAUUAUUAUAACGAAGACAAAACACACAUCUUAAGGGUUUUUAUGAAAGAUCUUGCAACUAUCUUUUUACACGCAUCAGAAGGAAAUCCGUUACGAUCCAAGGAAAUUCUCUCAAAAUUUAAACAUACUUUCUUAAUUAGAAACCCAGAAAAAUCA